AUGAGGCAUCCCGUGAUGGAGCAAUUACAAGAAUACAUGGCUGCUGAAGCUGCACUGGACGUAAGAAAAAUGGACGUGUAUUUCAAAGAGCUUAGAAUAGACCACAUUCCACCUCAAUAUAUACCAGCUGCAGUGCAAGAGAAUGUUGCUGAUAUUCUCGUGAGGCUCCUGGUUGGAUUAUGGGUUCACCCGAAUAUCGCUCGCCUGCCAAGCGAUGCUAGCUUAUCAGGAAAUACGAGUCAAUCAAGAGAUACCAGUCGGCCAAGCGGUCUCGCCCAGUCAACAGAUGAUGAGGUCCCAAGAGCUACGAGCGAACCAAGAGAGGCUACUGGAGGAAGACUCGACAGAGAUCCUAGAGCUGCUAGUGAGCCACCAGACGCUGGUCAAUCAACGGACGUCAGCCAAUUGCAAGACAACGGUGGACCAAUGGAAACAAGUGAACCGGGGCACCUUGGUCAAGCAAAUGAUCAUCAGAAGCCAAGAGCUUAUAGUGAACCAAGAGAUAUUCAUCAAUCGGAAGACGCUACGGAGCAAAGAGCUAUCAGGCCUCACAGGGCUAGAAGUGACCCACGGGGCGCCAGGAGGUGA